AGCUAGAGGGAGACAGUGCUUUCUUGUGGGACGCCUUGGCUGCUCGGAGGACCGUCUUUGCCGACAUGUCCUUGUUUGUGCGUUUUUAAUCAGCGGUUGGAAAAUAACAGGUAGCCUUGUCCGUCCGCCUCACGCGCCCGUAUACACCCAGGAGGCAAGAGAGGCAAAAAAUAAAAUCACAAUAAACCAUUUGACGCUGCUGGUCGUCUCCUUUCCUGCGUGUGGUUUUUCUUUUCUGGGCUGCCGACAGAAGAAGCAGUCCGCAGGGUACAACAGCCGGGUUGAAUCGCAACGUGUUUGUUACUGAGAGUCCCCGCAGUCGGGCUGUGUGUAUUCAUAUGAAACAGGCUGGUUUAAUGGGGCUGCCGUCAGCCCGUCUCACCGCCUCUGGACCGCUGCUCGCCGCGAUUCACGCUUGAAUUUAGACCCAUUAAAGACGACAUUGUGGAUAUGGAAUGGUGCAUGCCGCUGGGCCAAGUUUUCAGCCUCUGAAAAACACCGGAAUCAUGGACAGUCAUCCGCUGUGCACCAGACUCUGUCCACACGCUCUGGACAAAGAAGAUGGCGUCGAGAGGCAAGGUCCUGUCACUCUCAACCCUCGGCACAUGAGGAAGGCGUUCAAAGUCAUGAACGAGCUGCGCAGCCAGAGCUUGUUGUGUGAUGUGACCAUAGUGGCGGAAGAUGUAGAGCUCGCUGCUCACAGAGUGGUCCUGGCUGCUGGGAGCCCCUACUUCCAUGCUAUGUUCACAGGUGAGAUGGCAGAGAGCCGGGCGAAAAGAGUGAGGAUAAAGGAGAUGGACGGUUGGACUCUGGGGCUGCUGGUCGACUACAUUUACACAGCAGAGAUACAGGUCACAGAGGAUAACGUGCAGGCAUUGCUGCCUGCCGCUGGCCUGCUCCAGCUCAACGAGGUGAAAAAGGCUUGUUGUGAGUUCCUGAGCUCUCAGCUUCAUCCAUCCAACUGUCUCGGGAUACGAGCCUUCGCUGACCUACACGCCUGCUCUCAGCUCCUCACACAGGCAAACACCUAUGCAGAGCAACAUUUCUCUGAGGUGGUUGGGAGUGAAGAGUUCCUCAAUUUGGGCAUGGAGCAAGUGUCCAGCCUGAUCGCCAGCGACAAGCUCACCAUCCCCACAGAGGAGAAGGUGUUUGAGGCGGUGAUAGCUUGGGUCAACCACGAUAAAGAUGUCCGGCAGGAGCACUUGGCUCACCUGAUGGAACAUGUUCGCCUGCCGCUUCUCUCCAGAGAAUACCUGGUGCAGCGGGUGGAGGAGGAGUCUCUGAUUAAGAAUAGCAGUGCGUGUAAAGACUACCUGAUCGAGGCCAUGAAGUACCACUUGCUGCCAGCUGACCAGAGAGCUCUGAUGAAAACCGCACGCACACGCAUGAGGACUCCGGCCUGCUGUCCUAAGGUGAUGGUUGUGGUUGGAGGCCAGGCUCCUAAGGCCAUCCGCAGUGUGGAAUGUUAUGACUUUGAGGAGCAGCGAUGGUACCAGGUGGCUGAGCUCCCGACCAGGAGGUGCAGAGCAGGUGUGGUGUACGUGGGUGGGUGUGUGUACGCAGUUGGUGGUUUCAACGGUUCUUUGCGCGUGCGGACCGUCGACUGUUACGACCCGGUGAUGGACCGCUGGACGAGCAUGAGCAGCAUGCAAGAUCGUCGAUCGACGCUCGGGGCCGCUGUGCUCAACGGACUCCUGUACGCUGUGGGGGGCUUUGACGGCAGCACAGGUCUGUCGACAAUCGAGGCAUACAACGCGAAGACAAACGAGUGGUUCCACGUGUUACCCAUGAGUACCCGGCGAAGCAGUGUGGGAGUGGGUGUUGUCAAUGGGAUCCUGUAUGCAGUUGGAGGUUAUGAUGGUGCGACCAGGCAAUGUCUGAGUACAGUAGAAGCUUACAACUCUAAAAGCAACACGUGGAGCUACAUCUCAGAGAUGGGCACGCGACGCAGUGGAGCAGGUGUCGGUGUGUUAAAAGGUUUACUGUACGCUGUGGGGGGUCAUGACGGUCCGUUGGUGAGGAAGAGCUGUGAAGUUUAUGAUCCGGCCUCAAACACCUGGCGGCAGGUAGCUGACAUGAACAUGUGUCGACGCAACGCAGGUGUGUGCGCUGUAAACAACGUACUGUAUGUGGUGGGAGGAGACGACGGCAGCUGCAAUUUGGCCUCUGUGGAGUUCUACAAUCCAAACUCGGACAAGUGGACACUACUGCAGUCCUGCAUGAGCACAGGACGCAGCUAUGCAGGUGUGACUGUGAUUGACAAGCCCUUAUGACCGCUCUUGACACCUGCCGCUGAUUUGGAGCAGAAUGUAUUCUCCCGCUGAAUGCUGAUCUUGGAUCUGUCUAUGAUGCCUAUGCUCCAUUGUUGGGCAGCAUUAGCACAGGCACUGACGAAGAUGAAGAAAAUGACAAGAAGUUUUGUGCUUGAGGAUGAUGAUGAAGAUUUUUUUGCACUUACCUGAAAGGGGGAGCUGUAACAAACGAGGGGAUCGAAACCCGUGUUUAAAUCCCCUCCCGGCAGGACUGCCGCUAGCGACUGGACAAACCAGUUUGAAGCACCACUGCACCACUGCAGUGUCAUUGAAACGCUACUGAUAUGAAGCUACUAUAACUGCUAGUUACUUUAACAUUAGUAAUGUUAACAUGAACCAGCUCUGAGAGAGACCACUGAUCUAAUCUAUGGGAGAGGAGCAGAGAAGGACCUGAAAUCUUUGUUUCUCCUUCGUUUUUAUCUUUAAAGUGUGUGUGUGUGUGUGUGUGUGUGUGUGUGUGUGUGUGUGUGUGUGUGUGUGUGUGUGUGUGUGUGUGU